GUAGGAAACAAAGAAAAAAGAAAGAAAAAAAAAGGGAAAGUCCUAGCUGAGUUUCACUUGCUGCAUCCGCAAGAAAAACAUCUGUAGCACACAAUCAAAUACAAAUAGCCCCCUCUCUCUCUGUAGUCUUCUGCUCUUCCUUUCCGUUUUCUUCGUCUUCAAAAACCCAACCCUAACCUAGUCUAACGAAGAUCUAACAGCCAAACCCUAACCCUUGUUUCUUCGAAUCGGCGCUGCUGCAACGGCCAUGGCAACUAUGGUGAGCUCGGCGGGAGGCCUCUUGGCGAUGCUGAACGAGACCCAUCCGUUGUUGAAGCUCCACGCACUCUCCAAUCUCAAUGCCUUCGUUGACUAUUUCUGGCCCGAGAUCUCCACAAGCGUACCCAUCAUAGAGAGCUUAUAUGAAGAUGAAGAGUUUGACCAAAGACAACUGGCUGCAUUGCUCGUCUCAAAGGUUUUCUAUUAUUUGGGGGAACUUAAUGACUCAUUAUCAUAUGCCCUCGGUGCUGGUCCACUAUUUGACGUUUCCGAGGAUUCGGAUUAUGUUCAUACUCUUCUUGCUAAAGCCAUAGAUGAAUAUGCAAGCCUCAAGACUAAAGCGGCAGAGUCAAGUGAUGAAGCAGCAAAGGUGGAUACUAGGUUGGAGGCCAUUGUUGAGAGGAUGCUGGAUAAGUGUAUAAUGGAUGGAAGAUAUCAACAAGCUAUAGGAAUGGCACUUGAAUGCCGAAGAUUGGAUAAGCUUGAGGAAGGAAUUACGAGGAGUGAUAUUGUUCCUGCCACUCUAUCCUAUUGCAUUCAUAUCUCUCAUUUGUUUGUAAAUCGUAGAGAAUAUCGACAUGAGGUGCUUCGUCUUCUUGUUAAAGUAUAUCAACAGUUGCCGUCUCCUGAUUAUUUGAGCAUUUGUCAGUGCCUCAUGUUCUUGGAUGAAGCAGAAGGUGUUGCGAGCAUAUUGGAAAAGUUUCUUAGGUCUGAAAAUAAGGAAGAUGCCCUGCUGGCAUUUCAAAUAGCUUUUGACCUUGUAGAAAAUGAGCACCAAGCUUUUCUGUUGAAAGUUAGAGACCGGCUGUCUAUUCCCAAGACUCAACCUUCACAACCGGUGCAGCAAGAAUCCGUUGUGCCAGAUACUGAUCAAAAUGGAAAUGCCACUGUAUCAGAGGAUGUUCAAAUGACAAAUGAAACUCAAGCUUUUAAUGGGGGUGUGCAUGAAGUGGAUCCAAAUGAAGCAACCUAUGCCGAGAGGUUAACAAAACUCAAAGGAAUUUUGUCUGGAGAGACUUCAAUACAGUUGACUCUACAAUUUCUAUACAGUCAUAACAAGUCGGAUCUUCUUAUUCUUAAGACAAUAAAGCAGUCUGUUGAGAUGAGAAAUAGUGUGUGCCACAGUGCAACUAUAUAUUCUAAUGCGAUUAUGCAUGCUGGAACAACAGUGGAUACAUUUCUCAGGGAGAAUCUGGACUGGCUGAGCAGGGCAACAAAUUGGGCUAAGUUUAGUGCAACAGCAGGGCUAGGUGUUAUUCACAGAGGCCAUCUGCAGCAGGGAAGAUCACUCAUGGCUCCUUACUUGCCACAGAGUGGAUCCGGUGGUGGUGGCAGUCCAUACUCAGAAGGUGGUGCACUCUACGCUCUGGGUUUGAUUCAUGCAAACCAUGGCGAGGGCAUCAAACAGUUUCUUCGUGAUAGCCUACGGAGUACCAAUGUUGAGGUUAUUCAGCAUGGUGCAUGUUUGGGACUUGGUUUGGCAGCUCUAGGAACUGCUGACGAAGAGGUUUAUGAUGACAUAAAGAAUGUGCUUUAUACUGAUAGUGCUGUUGCUGGUGAAGCUGCUGGUAUUAGCAUGGGUUUACUUAUGGUUGGAACUGCAAGUGAGAAAGCAAGUGAAAUGCUUGCUUAUGCACACGAGACACAGCAUGAGAAGAUCAUUAGGGGUUUGGCACUGGGGAUAGCCCUCACAGUCUACGGGAGGGAAGAAGAAGCAGACACAUUGAUUGAGCAGAUGACUCGGGAUCAAGACCCUAUACUACGUUACGGUGGGAUGUAUGCUUUGGCAUUGGCGUACAGUGGAACGGCGAACAACAAGGCAAUCCGCCAGCUGCUUCACUUUGCUGUAUCAGAUGUGAGUGAUGAUGUCAGGCGGACUGCUGUUCUGGCCCUUGGAUUUGUCCUAUAUUCUGAACCAGAACAGACCCCUCGCAUUGUUUCCCUGCUAUCUGAAUCUUACAACCCACAUGUCCGGUAUGGUGCGGCUUUGGCAGUAGGCAUUUCUUGUGCUGGUAGUGGUCUGAGUGAAGCAAUAUCGUUGCUAGAGCCUAUGACCUCAGAUGUAGUUGAUUUUGUUCGACAAGGUGCUCUUAUUGCAAUGGCUAUGGUCAUGGUCCAGAUUAGUGAAGCUAGUGAUUCUCGUGUUGGAGCAUUCAGGCGAGAGUUGGAGAAAAUAAUUCUGGAUAAGCAUGAAGAUACCAUGAGCAAGAUGGGAGCAAUUUUGGCCUCUGGAAUUCUUGACGCCGGUGGAAGGAAUGUGACAAUAAAGUUACUUUCCAAGACAAAGCAUGAUAAAAUCACUGCAGUUGUUGGCCUUGCUGUUUUUAGCCAGUUUUGGUAUUGGUAUCCCCUCAUCUAUUUCAUUAGUUUGUCAUUCUCGCCAACAGCUUUUAUUGGACUGAACUAUGACCUGAAAGUUCCAAGAUUCGAGUUCUUGUCCCAUGCAAAACCAUCACUGUUUGAGUAUCCACGACCAAGUACUGUUCCCACCACUACAUCAGCCUCUAAACUUCCUACUGCAGUUUUAUCAACCUCCGCGAAGGCCAAGGCUAGGGCUAGUAAGAAAGAAGCAGCAGAUCAGAAGACUACUACUGAAAAAUCAUCCGGGUUAGAGUCAGCUUCUGUAGCCUCUAAUACGGGGAAAGGGAAAUCGUCAGCCGAUAAGGAUGGCGACUCUAUGCAGGUUGACAGUCCAGUAGAGAAGAAGACAGAGCCCGAGCCGUCUUUUGAAAUUUUGACUAACCCUGCCAGGGUGGUUCCUGUGCAGGAAAAAUUCAUUAAAUUUCUGGAAGAAAGCAGAUAUGUGCCGGUGAAGUUGGCACCUUCAGGAUUUGUUCUCUUGAAAGACUUGCGUCCAACUGAGCCUGAAGUGUUGUCUCUCACUGAUGCACCCUCAUCUACCGUAUCCAAUGCUGGUGGCUCGACAACUGGACAACAGAGCUCAGCCUCAGCAAUGGCUGUGGAUGAGGAGCCUCAGCCUCCCCAGGCAUUUGAAUACACUGCAUGAUUUGGGUCUAGCUCAAAUACCACAUCUGGGUUCUUAUUUCGAAAUUUAGGUAACAUGGAAAAAUUUAAUGCUUCACGCGGAGAAGAGAAAAAAUUGGUCCAGUGAAACGCUUGAUUAAUUAUCCUGGGAGUCAUGGCCAAUGUUCGGGGGCAUUCUCUUUGCUGCAAUCGUUAUAUCUUGGUCAUCGCCUCUCUGUUUCUUUUUAACUUAAUACAUUUAGGAGUUGGGAGGAUAGGGAGAUGAUGAACACUGCAAUCCUCUGCGAAUGAGAAGCUCAUGAAAUUUGUGAUUGAAUGGGAUGAAUAUGAGGUAUCACGAGAAGAUUUAUCACGAGAAUAUCUGUCUCUUUCUAUUUAUUCGGCUGAUUUUAUUUAUGAAAAGAAAAAAACAGGAAAUGCACUUUCCAGUCAUGAAUCAUGAUGUGAAUUUAUGAAGUUCGAGUCCGUCAAUUCUGUGUAUGGUAUUCUGUUUCACACUUGGGCUUUUCCGCUUUUUGAAUUAUAACUUUAGUUACAAUUAUAUAAUGUAGAUGAUUUUUUGGGGAUCAAUUUGAUGUGUUUAAUUUUGCUUGA